ACAUGAGGAGGACGGUUGAGCGGGGCAGGAAGGCCGUGCGGAGGCGGGCGCAGCCAGCCUUUAAAAGUCGUCGCGGGGACGGGCUCGCCUCCAUGCCACCCCACCGUCCCCAUGGCCCCCACGCUGCCGCUGGCGCUCCUGCUGGCCCUGCUGGCCCCGGGGCUCGGGGUGGCUGUCCCCGGCUGUGACUACCCGGCCCACCUCUGGUGCAGCUCCUGGGAGAUCGCCGUCGCCUGCCAGGCGGAGAGCCACUGCGUCAACCUCUCGCGCCCGGCGGCCGCCCCUGUGGAGCUGAGCCUGUUCUACGAGAGCCUGUGCCCGGCGUGCCGCUGGUUCCUGGUCCAGCAGCUCUUCACCGCCUGGCUGCUGCUGCCCAGCGAGGCCCUCACCAUCACCCUGGUGCCCUACGGCAACGCCGAGGAGAGGAACGUCAGCGGGAAGUGGCAAUUCCAGUGCCAGCACGGCCCGGAGGAGUGUUUGGGCAACAUGAUCGAGACCUGCCUGAUGCACGAGGCCAAGAACUUCAGCACCUACUUCCCCGUCAUCUUCUGCCUGGAGUCGGGCAGCUCCGUCACCAAGAACCUGGAGGCCUGCCUGCAGGUCUACGCCCCGCAGCUGGACGGGGGCCGCAUCGCCGCCUGCGUGCAGGGGGACACGGGGGCCGAGCUGAUGCACCGCAACGCCCAGCUGACGCAGGCGCUGGACCCCCCGCACCAAUACGUGCCCUGGAUCCUCAUCAACGGGAAGCACACGGACGAGCUGGAGGCGGAGGCCCAGGCCUCACUGGUGGGGCUGAUCUGCCGCCUCUACCAGGGGGAGAAGCCCGAAGCCUGCGGGGGGUCGCGGGUCCCGAAGGCCCCGAAGGCCCCGGCCGGCUGCCGGCGCUGAGGGACGGCGCGGGAACAGGAGCGGGCGGCAAUAAAAGGACGAUUUUGUGGAAAACCAAAA